AUGUUGACAAGCUACAGAUACACUUCAGUGUCCAUUUUUAUGGGCAUUUUUCUUCUUGUACUCUUGGUGGUAUGUGGAAUUGGUUGUGUUUGGCACUGGAAACACCACUCCACACGAUUUACCUUACCAAGGAUUUUGCAAAGGAGAAGAAGCAAGAGAAAAGACUAUGAGAAAACACUCUACUUGAGUCCGCACAUUGUUGGCUUGAAUCCCAAAGCCUCAGUUGAAACCAAAGACCACAGAUCUACUGACAAGGGAAGUAGGAUGCAUGACCACUAUGAAAAUAUGGCAGCAGGUCCUCCCAAAGCUAAAGAAGAAAGUGACAGGGGACUAUAUGAAAACACUCAGCCACCCAAUUUUGAGGAGCACAUCUAUGGAAAUGAGGCAUCCUCUGAGUAUUAUAACUUCCAGAAGCCUGGUACAUCUCAAGUUCCCCAAGAUGAAGAUAUAUACAUUCUUCCAGACUUGUAG